AUUUCUCCAUUUUCUCUAUUUCAUUUUUUUUAUUUUUUGUUCCAUAAACCUAUUUAACCGCUGUUAAUAGCCACGCAAUUUCCGAGCUAUAAAAGCAUAAACCUCGUGCACGGGACUUUUUGAAACGGUUUAAAAAAUAGAAUAGCGUCCGCGUAAGGACACUAAUAAACACACACACAUACACACACCAAAAGUAGAGUACAUUGUCUAGCUGUUUUUAUAACCCGCCAAAGAGUUGCACUUGUAAAUAUAACCAACUACAACUACACCAAAAAUGGAAUACAACCUUCAAGAUCAAGCCUUUACGUAUCCCCAGUAUGCAGACGAGUACGACCCAAACGAGGCUAUGUAUAUUCCAUACACCGACCCCAACAUCGGCAGCUACCAGCCAGAGUCAUCCUUGUUAAAACGGCAGUUGGAACCAAAGACUACCAAAAAAAAGCAAGCAUCAAAGAUAUAUUUAAGGCUAAACUCUCGCACCAAGACACCGUGGACCAUCGAUGAGAACAUCAGCCUGUUCCGCACCAUGGCCGAGUACAUUUACGUCAAAAAGACGGGGAUGAAACCGCUAGCAAUAUAUCUCAACCCAUCAGAACUCAACCAUGUUGUGACGUGCGAAAAAACCAUGGCCAUGAACGACAGCGAAAUUGCCGUGUCUUUGCGCGAGCAAGAAAUUGAAAGCAACCCUAGCCGCCGCGGAGACCUUCUUUUUGCAGUUGUCCGCCAUCUGCAGUACUCCUCGGGCUUCCAUGAGACACGAGUGGUCAAUGAAAAAAUCAAGAACGUGCGCAGCCGCAUCAUCAACGAGUUCAUGACUAUGUUCAACGAGGGCACGCUUCCCACUAAGCGGCCUGUGCGUUAUGUUACAGCAAUGCUCAACAACCUGGUUACGUCUCCAUUUGCCAACCUGGACUCAAGCUUUGGCAGCAACAUUAACUUGGGAAAUGCACCUGGAGCCGCUGACAACAAGCACGACGUGAGCCUGUGGCUGGCCGCCAUGUUCUGGCUCCACGCAAAGGACAUGUAUGAUUUUGUUUACCAGUGCGCACUGCAAGUCGUGCGCACCCAAGCACGGCUCGGCACUCCCGCAUGCUGCACUGCAGAAUUGCAAGACCAAUUGGAGCAGCCCAGCCCUGACCUGUGCAUAAUUGUUAGCCAGCUGUACGCAAUCAUCUCUUAUCUCAAUGCUAACACCCGUGGAGCCAAGGAUAAGGAUAAGGCCAAGGGUCCAAAUGCGGCCACAAGAAAUGGUUAUGGUGAUGCCGAAAACUCGAGCAAGAAGCGCAAGCGCAAGGCUCUUACUCCUCUCGAUGUCCGGAAAAAGCCCCCAAUGCAAGAAACCAUGGUUAUUUGCAACGACAACAAGCUGCUGUCGCUGACAAUGUUUGAGAUCCUCAAAAACGAGGAGAAGCUGCAAAUAGCCGGCAUGCGCGUCAAGAUGGUGGCCUCGGUGGGCGGUGUCAUCCGCAGAACUAACGGCCUGGCCAUACAGGACAUCAAGUACCAUAUGUAUCGUCUGUGGACGUGCGUCUCCCGCUUUAACGAUAUCAGCCCGCUGCUCAAGCGGCCCAAUCUGUUUGGCGACAAUAUUAUACCAAAUAUUGCCAACUUUGCCGAGUUUGUCGUGGUGGAUCACUUUGCAAAUCCUUUUAGCAAUACAUCUGUUGAGCCAAGCGUGCGCGUGAGCAAGCAGCGCAGGUUUGGACACAAUAUGAACAUUGAGUUGCUCAUUGAGCAGAAGUUUGCCGCAACCCAGGGUGAGAACCGAAGUCAUAUUCCCGUGUGGCUGACAAUCUGCCGACGCUCUGACGACAGGUAUGUCUUUGCACUGAUCAUAACGAGCGCCGACAAGGUAGCACCGGUAGAAAGCCAGAUAGGUGGCUUCAACUUUACCAGGUUCCCGAGCGAGAGCUUCUUGUCUUCCAUCGACAAUGCCAUUGCCAGCGGUGGCAAUGUCAACUAUCAGGGAGUUCCCAUGUGCCAGCAUGCGGGCCUAGAACCCUGGCCCUGGUCGCCGAAUCAGGUCAACACUUUGACCGCAAGCUAUGGCUACGAGGAGAAAGUUGGUGUCAAGAUGCAGGAUGGAUCGACUGUGAUAGUUUCCAGCGGCUGGGCAAACACGGCACACACGCUUGAGCCCUGGGCUGAGCCCCGGGUUCUUUCGACAGAGGCGUACAGCUGCCAGCAGGGCUAUGCCGGCGCGUUGACUGUUGGCACUACGCCCUGUUAUGAGCAGCUUCUGAACGCAGCGCACGGUAUCUCUAACCAGAUAGUGGACGCGUCGUUGCCAAAUACCGCGAGUAUAGUUCCUCACCAGUAUAUCAACGUUGGCGGUAACAGCAACAUACUUGCCACUUUGGCACACUCUGAAAACAUCCAGCCGCUGAGCGCCCAGUACGUUAACGUUGGCGGCAGCAUGGAUUUCCAGCCAAUGAUGCCGACGAGCAACAUGAUACUGUCCAACACGCCACUAAUGACCAGCCCGCAGAACUUCCCGAUUGAUAUUAUCAAUGAAUAUGGUAGCAACGAUUGGGUCACCGGCAACUAUAACAGAGCGGGCAACUACCAGUAGUUAUUCCAGAAUGGCGAGAACUCUGACCACCCCCCAAUGUAGCUGUUAAAAAAUGAAAAUAAAUAAGCUGCGUUAUUUUUUUUACUAAAAUGUCAUAAACACAUCAUUAAAACUGGUGUGUUCAUCAGACCAAAAUUUAUUUUCUGUUAAUUUAU